AUGGAGUCAAGAAGGUAUCAUCCAAACGUAUUAAUCACAGGAACACCAGGAAGUGGUAAAUCUACUACAAGCGAGCUCCUACAGAGACGGUUAUCAGAUUUCCAGUACUACAAUAUCUCAGACUUUGCACAAGAGAACGAUUGCUUCGAUGGGUACGAUGAAGGUAGAAAGUCACACAUUGUCGAUGAGGAUAAACUAUUAGAUCUCCUGGAACCGCUGCUGAGGAAAGGUGGUAACAUCAUCGACUGGCACGUUAAUGACGUCUUCCCCGAGAGACUGAUAGAUCUAGUGGUGGUACUGAGAUGUGAAAACUCCAUCUUAUUCAAGAGAUUAAAAAAGAGAGGUUACCACCAAACCAAGAUUGACGAAAACAUAGAUGCCGAAAUUAUGGGCGUUGUCAUGCAAGACGCACUGGACUCUUACGAGAAAGAGAUUGUCGUAGAACUUACGAGUGAUAGCACAGAGCAGAUGGAGAAUAACGUAGAUAGAAUUGUUUCCUGGGUCGAAUUGUGGCAGGAUCAACACCAUUCCGGAGUAACAAAUGAACUGCAUGAACAAGAAAGCGACAGCGAAAGCGAAAGCGAAAGCGAUGAAUAA